GCAAACCACCUCGCUUCAGAGCACUUGUCUGCAACUGAUGAACCUUGCCACAUCUUUCUAAAUCUGGGCUCUAGGCAUCCUCAAACUGAGGUUCUCGGCAUGGCCCAGCCCCAGCCCCAGCCUGCGCAGGCCUUGUCGCUAGAGGAGCAGGUUGACCAGCUAGAAUACGAAAUACAGAAGUUAGCCCGGAUAAUCCGGCGACCGGACCCGGCGACGGUGCUCGUGGAACUGACCGUUGCCGCCUUCAACUACGUCAUGUAUGGCAAGAGGCACGAGAAGGAAGAUUAGCCCGUGGCAAUUGGCCUUCUCAGACUACCUGGCGGCUCUCUGCGCCUUCCUGGCGGAAACCUGGGCCUUUUGUCAUCACCUUGAGCGAGCCCAGCCCAAAGGCCGCGACUGGAAGCUGAAGGUCUGGAUGGUCGAAACCGCGUACAGCACUCCCGCCGUCGCUCUGCGCCUUCCUGGCGGGAACCUGGGCCUUUGUCAUGUCCCCGCCCUUCCUGGGCCCGCUGAAGGUGAUGGCAAAGGCCCAGGUUCCCGAAAUGAAGGCGCAGAGAGACGGCGGGAGUGCUGUACGGGUUUCGACCAUUCAGACCUUCAGCUUCGGCACGGAUAUGAUAUCGACCGUGCGCGUCAACAUCCACCGCCGCAGCUACACAAUAUACUUUACUGACGGCCAGCAGGUUCGGACCUAGGCGACGUUGGCUCGAUAUGGCGUGAACCGGAGGUCUUCCCUCGUGUGGCCAAAUGCGAACAGGGGGCCGGGCCUAAGUGUCAGUCAUGUGCCCGCAUGAGUUGUGUGCCUGCACGCCCCCUAUUUCACACCGCUGUCACUGUUUGCGGAGUCGGGUCGUGACACAGUGCUGCGUGUGCUGUUGUGCACUCACCCGUUAGUAUUGAGUCGUUCAUGGAUGUUUGGGAAGACAUACCUAACAAUCUUUGGCGUGGCAAUGCGAGGGGGAAGGCGGAACGCCUGCUGGCUAAACCACUACUAGAGCUCACGGGAGCGUUCCGGGAGCGGAUGAUGACGAAAGGCUACAGUACAUGAUUUUACCCGAAUGAGCAACCAGGCACGCAUACAGCCAAGUACAAGCACUGGAUGGGGCUCAGUUUCGAGCACAGUGCGUGCCCCUAUCAUGCAGACCUCUGAUGCGACCUGCGUCUAAUGCACACAGAUGUUUGAGGCGGUUUCGUAUGUGCUGCUGGCUGCCGGCCGCUAACCAGGGGUGCCAUUGCUGCUAACCGGAACUAGCACCUCCCGAGGGGUGACAGGAAAUGCCCUCUCUGUGUUGAUGGCGUGGAGGAUAAAAGACAUGCGCUGCUUUUGUGGGUACAUUGCACAUAAAAAAACUAGAUGGAGAACCACGGGUUAAAUGGAGUACACGACAUGCAGUUGGCUAUGAGGAUGGCAGACUAGCGCAGGUUUGCCGGCGCAUGCAUGCAACACACACUGGAUCAGACCGGAGAGACGAGGAGCCCUCGCGGCUCGGUUAGUCUUGUACGUGGAGAAGGAACGCACAUUUCCAAUCCUGUAACACAUCAUCAUC